GAUACACUUAUACCUCAUCAAUUAGAGCUCUAUGUGUUAGUUGUUCUCAUCCGCAGUCAAGACACCAAUUGUUUCAGGCAUUUAACAUUAGUCGGGGAGAUACACAUCAUGGUACCUGACCAGUGACACAACUACACAGUGACUGUCAUCAGUCUAACUUUUCAGUUCUACACAAUGUUGUAUUCCACUGCUCUUGUGUUAUUCGGGCACAUAUGUAUCAUCGCUGCUGCUUCAAGCUCAGGUAAAGUUGUUGUCCUGGUCACUGAUUAUGAUGGCGGUAUCUACAAAUACAGCUUGAGCGGUGACGUCGCAACGCCAAUGAAGCCAUCCUUUGUAGAAACCUCUACGAAGCCCUUAUGCUUAGACUACGACCCUGUCUACAGACAAAUUUACUGGGAUAGACGAUCUACGAAGACGAUUAUGAAGGCAGAUCUGGACGGUCGGAACAUGCAGACUGUUUUCAAAUCGAAUUCAUCUGUCCGAGACAUCGCUAUCGACUGGGAAACUAGACAGUUGUUUUUCGCUGAUGAUAAGGCCCAUGCAAUCUUUUGCCUGAAUAUGACGAGCAAUGCUGUUUCAAGAUUCAUCAGCGCCACUAAUGAUGAAGUUCAUUCCCUUGUGUUGGAUACUUCACGAAGACUCAUGUAUUGGACCGAUGUGGGACAUGCACAAAUUGAGCAAGCGACAUAUGAGGGAACCAACAGAAAGGUGCUUACACAUACCGGAUCGGAGUGGCCAACGGGACUUGUCAUAGACCCACAAGGUGAUUACCUAUUCUGGUGUGAUGCACAUUCUUCCAACAAGGAUAUAAAGAAAAUGAACCUAAAAACGAAGACUAUUUCAGUCCUACUAACGGGAAAGACAUACUAUGAUGCAACUUAUUUUGAGGGAAAACUUUUCAUCGUUGCUCGAAGUGACAGAUCACACUUCUUCACAUUGUCCGAAAAUGGUGGCCAAGAAACAUCUGUCAGUCUUCAACGGAGCAUGUCAGAGUGGAGAAGAAUAAAAGUGAUACGAUAUUACGGAGAAUGUGCUGGAGGACACUAUGGAAUCACCUGUAAUUCUACCUGCGGAAUGUGUUCUGGGACGGAUACCUGUGACACAGCAAUUGGACAUUGUCCCUCAGGAUGCCAGGCCGGGUGGACAGGAGACAGGUGUGACACAGAAUGUGAGGACGGUCAAUAUGGCGUAAACUGCACCCAAUCAUGCGCCCAGUGUGAAGACGAAAGUGUAUGCGAUAAGUCCAGUGGACAAUGUCCAUCUGGGUGUCGACCAGGGUGGAGAGGCGAAAGGUGUGACACGGAGUGUGAGGCUGGGUAUUAUGGCUUCAACUGUACAUCGACAUGUGGCAACUGUUACGGUGAAACUGUUUGUGACCAUGCCACCGGAAAAUGCCCCUCUGGUUGUCAACCUGGAUGGAUUAGCGACAGAUGUAACAUAGAGUGUGAGGACGGGUAUUAUGGCUUCAACUGUACAUCGACAUGUGGCAACUGUUACGGUGAAACUGUUUGUGACCAUGCCAGUGGAAAAUGCCCCUCUGGUUGUCAACCUGGAUGGAUUGGAGACAGAUGUACCAUAGAAUGUGAAGGAGAUCCUCGUGGAUUUAACUGCACAUCAAGGUGCGGGAAGUGUGAAGAUUGGGAAGUCUGUGACAAGGCAAGUGGACAGUGUUCCAUUGGCUGUGAACCCGGUUGGAGUGGGGAAGGAUGUGCCACAGAGUGUGAGGCUGGGUAUUAUGGCUUCAACUGUACAUCGACAUGUGGCAACUGUUCCGGUGAAACUGUUUGUGACCAUGCCAGUGGAAAAUGCCCCUCUGGUUGUCAACCUGGAUGGAUUGGAGACAGAUGUAACAUAGAAUGUAGCGAUGGGUAUUUUGGUUUCAACUGUAGUUUUACUUGUGCUAACUGUAAAAUCAAAACUGUCUGUAACAAGAAGAACGGGCAUUGUCCAUCAGGGUGUGAACCAGGCUGGUCCGGCGACAGAUGUAACAAGGGUAAAGUUGUUGUCCUGGUCACUGAUUUUGAUGGCGGUAUCUACAAAUACAGCUUGAGCGGUGACGUCGCAACGCCAAUGAAGCCAUCCUUUGUAGAAACCUCUAUGAAGCCCUUAUGCUUAGACUACGACCCUGUCUACAGACAAAUGUACUGGGAGAGACGAUCUGCGAAGACGAUUAUGAAGGCAGAUCUCGACGGUCACUACAAACAGACUGUUUACAAAAUGAAAUCAUCUCUUCGAGACAUGGAUAUCGACUGGGAAACUAGACAGUUGUUUUUAGUUGAUGAUAAGGCCCUUGCCAUCUUUUGCCUGAAUAUGACGAGCAAUGCCGUUUCAAGAAUCAUCAGCGCCACAAAUAAUGAAGUUCAUUCCCUUGUUUUGGAUACUUCACGAAGACUCAUAUAUUGGAGCGAUGUGGGACGUGCACAGAUUGAGCAAGCGACGUAUGAGGGAACCAACAGAAAGGUGCUUACACAUACCGGAUCGGAUUGGCCAACGGGACUUGUCAUAGACCCACAAGGUGAUUACCUAUUUUGGUGUGAUGCAAGUAUUUCCAACAAGAAUAUAAAGAAAAUGAACAUCAAAACGAAGAAGAUAUCAGUCCUAAUAACGGGAAAGACAUACUAUGAUGCAACUUAUUUUGAGGGAAAACUUUACAUCAUUGCUCGAAGUGACAGUUCACACUUCUUCACAUUGUCCGAAAAUGGUGGCCAAGAAACAGCGCACAGUCUUCAACGGAACAUGUCAGAGUGGAGAAGAAUAAAAGUGAUACGAUAUUAUGGAGAAUGUGCUGGAGGACACUAUGGAAUCACCUGUAAUUCUACCUGCGGAAUGUGUUCUGGGACGGAUACCUGUGACACAGCAAUUGGACAUUGUCCCUCAGGAUGCCAGGCCGGGUGGACAGGAGACAGGUGUGACACAGAAUGUGAGGACGGUCAAUAUGGCGUAAACUGCAUCCAAUCAUGCGCCCAGUGUGAAGACGAAAGUGUAUGCGACAAGUUCAGUGGACAAUGUCCGUCUGGGUGUCGACCAGGGUGGAGAGGCGAAAGGUGUGACACGGAGUGUGAAGAUGGGUAUUAUGGCUUCAACUGUACAUCGACAUGUGGCAACUGUUACAGUGAAACUGUUUGUGACCAUGCCAGUGGAAAAUGCCCCUCUGGUUGUCAACCUGGAUGGAUUGGAGACAGAUGUACCAUAGAAUGUGAAGGAGAUCCUCGUGGAUUUAACUGCACAUCAAGGUGCGGGAAGUGUGAAGAUUGGGAAGUCUGUGACAAGGCAAGUGGACAGUGUUCCAUUGGCUGUGAACCCGGUUGGAGUGGGGAAGGAUGUGCCACAGAGUGUGAGGCUGGGUAUUAUGGCUUCAACUGUACAUCGACAUGUGGCAACUGUUCCGGUGAAACUGUUUGUGACCAUGCCAGAGGAAAGUGCCCCUCUGGUUGUCAACCUGGAUGGAUUGGCGACAGAUGUAACAUAGAGUGUCCAAAUGGCAGCCAUGGAUUUCAAUGUCAACACACCUGUAUCCGAUGCCUGAACAGAGAGCCAUGCGACAAGGCUACAGGUGAUUGCAUUGGGGGAUGUGAGGCUGGCUGGACAGGAAACAAGUGCAACAAAGAAUGUAGCGAUGGGUAUUUUGGUUUCAACUGUAGCUCUACCUGUGCUUCGUGUAAGGACGGAGCUGUGUGUAACAAGGAGAGUGGGCAUUGUCCAUCAGGGUGUGAGCCAGGCUGGACUGGCGACAGAUGUAACAAUGAAUGUCCUAAUGGCAGCUAUGGAGUUGGAUGUCAACAUUCAUGUAGCCGAUGCCUGAACAGAGAGCCAUGCGACAAGGUUACAGGUCGUUGUAUCCAUGGAUGUGAGUCUGGCUGGACAGGAAACAAGUGUAACAAAGAAUGCAGCGAUGGGUAUUUUGGUUUCAACUGUAGCUCUACCUGUGCUUCAUGUAAGGACGGAACUGUGUGUAACAAGGAGAGCGGGCAUUGUCCAUCAGGGUGUGAGCCAGGCUGGACUGGCGACAGAUGUAACAAGGAAUGUCCUAACGGCAGCUAUGGAGUUGGAUGUCAACAUUCAUGUAGCCGAUGCCUGAAUAGAGAGCCAUGUGACAAGGUUACAGGUCGUUGUAUCAACGGAUGUGAAUCUGGCUGGACAGGAAACAUGUGUAACAAAGAAUGUAGCGGUGGAUACUUUGGUUUUAGCUGUAGUUCUACCUGUGCUAACUGUAAGGGCGGAACUGUCUGUAACAAGGAGAGUGGGCAUUGUCCAUCAGGAUGUGAGCCAGGCUGGAUCGGCGACAGAUGUAACAAGGAAUGUCCUAACGGCAGCUAUGGAGUUGGAUGUCAACAAACCUGUAGCCGAUGCCUGAAUAGAGAGCCAUGUGACAAGGUUACUGGUCGUUGUAUCGACGGAUGUGAGUCUGGCUGGACAGGAAACAUGUGUAACAAAGAAUGUAGCGAUGGGUACUAUGGUUUCAAGUGCAGUUCUACCUGUGCUAACUGUAAGGGUGGAACUCUCUGUAACAAGGAGAGCGGGCAUUGUCCAUCAGGGUGUGAACCAGGCUGGACCGGCGACAGAUGUAAUAAGGAAUGUCCAGGUGGUACGUAUGGAGCUGAAUGUGAAAUGUCAUGUGGUGGGUGCUUGGACGGAGAAUCCUGUAACAAAGGUACUGGGAACUGCAUGAGUGGAUGUGACGAAGGGUGGACUGGGCCCAGAUGUGAUGAAGAAUGCUCUCCUGGGUAUUUUGGUUAUAAUUGUAACUCCACCUGCAAGUAUUGCAGAUCAGAGCGUUGUGAUGCUUCAAGGGGAUACUGCCUCAAUGGAUGUCUCCCCGGCUGGAAGGGGAUACAUUGUACAGCAGCAUGUCCGGAGGGUAUGUAUGGUGAUGGGUGCCUCUCGGUGUGUGGCAAGUGCGGGCACAACACCUCAUGUGACCCCGUGACUGGACAAUGUAGUGCUGGCUGUCUACCAGGAUGGAUGGGGGAGACGUGUGUUGAAGGAUGCCCUGUAGGCAGGUAUGGCGAUGGUUGCACAUCGACCUGCCACAAAUGCCAAUCUGGACAGUGUGACGCGGCUGACGGUACCUGUCGGCUGCAAGCUAAGAUCAUCAGUGAAAGAGGAACAUCUGUGGUGGUGUUCCUGCUGACUGGAGCUUGUGUUCUGAUCUUGCUGUUACUUCUCAUAACUUUAGGAAUUGCUUGUAUGUUUCGGAGACGCCUGCGCAGACUUUCCAUGAUACCUGAAAACCGAACAGGUAGAGACAAUUGUAACUUCUUUGCGCAUGAGAGAUAUAGUGGAGAUUCCUCGUCAAGAAGCAAUACUGAAGAAUUCGUGACGUUCAACCCUCUGUACGCCGCCGACUUGGAUGUUGUGUCUCCAGCUGCCACAAGUCUCGGCAGUAACGGAAACCAACAAAGCCUCCUCGACACUGAUGUCCCUACCAACUCCGCUGUUGUUGUGCCCGACAAGGGCACAAGACAGGAAUCGGGUGGCAUCUCUGAUGAUUUAGCUGCUCCACUGCUUAUAAAUACCGAAUGAAGUAACACUUUCGAUUGUUGGUUUUCGCUCUUGCACGGAUGCUUCGUAUCAUAAAACGCACUGAUGAAAACGCAGUGGUUCUUCUUUUUCAUAAGAAAUCAUAUGUUAUCACUUGGCUAAUUUAGUCUUGGGUAUAUUAUUCUCAUAAGAGACAAUUAACUAAUAUUUUAAAGUAAAACAUGUCUACGUUGUAACGUGUUAAACAGUCACGGAUAUUGACAGUUGUUUUGGACGUUACUUGUUUCUUCGUAAUAACCUCUUUUAUUAUGUACUUCAGUUUGAAAGAUUGAUUUUUCUGAAGUUGAGAAAAGUGAUAUUUCCAUUGCAGUGAACAUAACACGCGAUAUUUCACUGCAGUUAUUUCCACAUUAGGAAGACAGAACAAUAACAACUGGUCAGUUAUGGAGUUAAUAUCGCUUUUUGCCGUUUGUUUUUCUCUUGAAUAAAUUUCGCAUUUAACUCGUCAAUCGAGUUAGUUUCUGAAAGGGCCAUAUUUGUUACUUGACCAGCGUGUAUUCCUUGACUUCCAACAGCGAUCUCGUAGGUUUCAAGAAUAUUUUUAUUUGAAGUUGAUUUAGUAUACCAUCAUAUCCAAACGUAUUUUAGCGACCUCAACUAUUUUUUAUUACUUUUGUUUGUAUUUGAUAAGAUUUUGCAAAUUCGGAACUACUUUUUUAGUCGCAAUUAUAAGGGGUGACGAAACGUCCCUGCGUGUUCAGUAGGGAGAAUUCACGUUUAAAGGUUUUACAUGUGUAAUUAAAAUAAUUUCCGGUAGACAACCAACAAAAAGGAUACAAUAAUGUGUCUCGUAAAAUACCAUGUUUCACAGGACACAUGAAAUAUGUCAUUAUAAGGUACCAUGUUUCGCGAAAAUGUCCUACCUAGUUUUAUAUUGUUAUCUUUUACGUAUGACCUGCAUGAUAUUAAAGAGAGUGUUGUCCAAGGAGUCGUUAUUUUAGGAAUGUGAAAGAUACGCGAUACAUGAUUACCAAUGUCCCUUAUAUUUGUAUCUUAUAGUAUCAUCGUCUUAUAUUAUUUUAUAGGUCUUCGAAAGACAUUGCUAUUUCCUUUCUUUCACCUAUCAGUGCUUAAUACCCCCGGCCUCCCGUUUGCCCAUUGUCCAUUGCCUAUUACCUAUCAAUGAUAACUUAAGUGCUGGCUUCAAUACUAUCAGCGCUAUAACUGUAAAGUGUAGGCUUCCAUUGUCUAUUGCUAAUCACCUAUCAGCGCCAAUCAUCUGUUGGCUUGCCUUGUUAGUUUCCACCCCUUGUUAGUUUCCACCCCUUGUUAGAUUCCACCCCUUGUUAGUUUCCACCUUUUG